UUUGUAUUUUGUAAUCAGUAACUAUAUGUGCGAAACGAAAAAAAUUUAAAAUACCUCAUACUUAAAAACCAAUUUUGUGCAUAWAAUUUUUAUAUUUUAUCGAAUCUGAAGUACAAAGAAAAAUAUUUGCUCAUGAUUUUGACUAUAAGUAGUUUGUUGAUGAUGUUUGCUAAUCUCAUGCAACAAACAAAAAAAAUUAUUCAAGAGAAGUAUUUAAAAAAUGACAGUGGAAAUUCGACGGCGAAUACGAUUGCAAUUGAGGCUACAGACGAGCAACUCGAUGAAAAAACACAAGAAUUGAAGGACCAAAUCUAUGAUAUUAUUAGAACAAUUAAGGAUCCAGAGAAACCAGCUACUCUGGAAGACCUUAAUGUCGUGUAUGAAAAUGGAGUAGUGGUAAUCAAUCAAARAAACUUGAAAUUGUAUACUGUUCGAAUUGAAUUUAAUCCUACAGUACCACAUUGCAGUUUAGCUACUUUAAUUGGCCUUAGCAUAAGGAUUAAAGUUAUAAGAUCUAUUUUGGAGAAUGUUAAAUUGGAUAUAUACAUUAAAGAAGGUGCUCAYACAACUGAAGAAGAAAUUAACAAACAAAUAAACGAUAAAGAACGUGUUGCAGCUGCAAUGGAAAAUCCAAGUUUAAGAGAUGUAGUGGAAAAAUGUAUAAAAGAAGAAGAAUAAAAGUUUGUUUUAACUUUUAAGUAAAUAUUAUAUAUUUAUGUUUAAGUAAUAUUUUAUUCAAUUGUGUACGCCUUUUUAAUGAWYUAUUGAUGUAAAUUUUUUUAAAUUAUUUAUAUUAUAUGCAAAUUUAUCGCAAUAUAAUGGUUUAUUGWACUAUUUAAACAUUUGAAAUCAUAACCA